GCCACACGAUUCCCAGUCUUGAAGGCUGCUUAUGGAAGUUGUGUAGAGGUACUGGUCCGCUGGAAGAGCCAGGAGAGAGUGCCAGUGGUGGAAUGUGUUGCAGCAGCAGAUAUUGACUCGUGUUAGUGUCAACACUGGAAAAUCUCCUCCUCCUCCUUCUCCUUCUCUUAAUCUUAAGCACUUAGUUAAGGACUUUGCAAAGCAUUGUGAUAUCCGUCAACUGCCUUGGAAACGAGGUUCAUGCAGUGAAUUGUGAAUAGCAGCGACAACAACAUUCCAUUGUGGACAGAGUCGGCCAUCUUGAGUGUUGGCAAAGAGAUUAGGCAGCAGCAGCGUCUGGUAGCAAGCAGCGGCAGUAACUAUGGCAGAGUGCCUGUAAAAAAGGAGACAAGGACAGUGUUUGUGUGUGUAUGUGUUUGUGAGUGUAUGGGUAAGUUUGUUCUUAGGGUAGUGGAGAAAUCUCGGCAAGGUGGAGACCCCUGGAAUCAUUUCGUCCCUGUCUAAAGUUUUCACCAUGGGGACUGUGCUGAGCUUCAGUCCGAGGGAACAGAAACCCUACUAUGGUGACUACACACUCAACAACCACAACUAUGAGACGCUCAACAACGUCCGCAACAAGGAGAAGGUCGUCAACAACGAGAACGCCAACAUCCUUAGCGAGAAGAAUGCCCUCGAGAGGAACUUCAAGAAACACUCGCUGUUCAUCAAUGCCCUCAGCUGGAAACGUUUCUCCAACACUAGCAAAAAGAAGCUGGACAACAAAAACAAGAACCUCACGUUGCGUCAACCGCUCGACAACAUCCAUCCCUUCAUCGACAACAACAAGAACAUCCAGAAGGCGUUGUCAUGCUACAACAUUCGCCCAAGUUCGAUGGGGCACUUGGACCUCGUCAGGGUGAACAACAACAACGCCCACACCCCCACAGAGAAACUCCCUCCUAAGGCCACUCUGACCUCGGCGCCCUCCACACAUACCCAUGACCUGUGCAAUGCCCUUGUGCCCGCGCGGCCUCUCCCCCACCAUCACCAACCACAAAAGAAUCAACCACAACACCAGCAUCAGUUAGGACCAGUGCUGGCGCCCUCCCUCUCUACGACGAGUAGCACCAGCAGCGCCUCCACCGUCACCACUCCCACAGGCGUCAGUCCCACGAAGAAGACGGUCAUUCAGGCGUCCACGUCAGAAUUACUCAAGUGUCUGGGCCUCUACUUACACAGGACGUGCUCCAGGCUCAGAGAUUUCCAGGCUGGAGAUGCUGUCAUGUGGCUGAGGACUGUUGAUCGUUCGCUCCUUCUACAGGGCUGGCAGGACAUCGCGUUCAUCAACCCAGCCAAUGUCGUGUUCGUGUACAUGUUGGUGCGCGAACUCGUCAACGAAGAGGUGCACAGUGAGCACGAAUUACAAGCCGUCGUCCUCACCUGCCUCUACCUCUCCUACUCUUACAUGGGUAACGAGAUCUCCUACCCUCUCAAGCCCUUCCUAGUGGAGGAGGACAAGGACCGCUUCUGGGACAGAUGUCUCUUCAUCAUCAACACCUUGAGCUCCUCCAUGCUCAGAAUUAACGCAGAACCUUCCUUCUUCACCGAAGUCUUCACCGAACUGAAGGCCUGUGGACAGCAGCAGCAACAACAGCAGCAACAGCAGCAGCAGCAGCAGGUCGUCCUCACCCAACAGACAGUGGUCCAACAGCAGCAGGUGGUGCCCUUGGCAGUACCUCAGGCACCACAGCAGACUGCCGCUUGAAAUGUGUUGAGAAUGUAUAACGCACACUGUUUGUAGGAUUACUGCUUGUUAAUUGUUGUUUAGGAAAGAACAAGGUCAGCAGCAGCUCUGGUGGAGGCACUGAGGAACCUAGAGAGUAGUCUAGAAUGCCGUAGGGAGAGUUAAAGAGUUAGGCAAAGCCCACUGGAGAAUGUAGUAAGGAAUGGUUUGUUGACGUAGUUUUGCAGUACGUAAAUCAAUCGUAUGGCGACAGGAAGAAAACCUUUGGAAGGGUUAUUGAAUCUAAAGACUAGAGAAAUUAAACGCAAAACAAAUCUGGGACAGGCUUCGGGCCUUCCAGAACUGCCCUCUAUGUCUUCCAGGGCAUUGACACCCCUUUAAAGAUAAACCUCUGUCCAGUCAUAACCGAGUCCACACCUCUGUGUCUCUCGUGAGCUCAGAAGUGUCUCUUCGAGCCAAAGUCAAGGUAUUCGUGUUGUUUUUAGAAAGUAUGGAACAAGUGCGACAAGUCUUCUAGGUUCCCUAAAUAUGAGCAGUGUUGGUUUAUCUGGUUGCUGGUUCAGUCAGGGUUGUUGAUUCAAUGUUUUGUCAAAAGGACUGUUACCUAACCUGAGCUCCUCCCCUUUGAUUACCUGCAGAAAGAAAACUCAGCACCAGCUGGUGAGUCACAUCUUACCCUAGAUAAGCCCCAAAUACGGGACAAUAGAAUAGCAAGUAAAGUGACUUUGUCUCUAAUGGUGGAAAGAACCAGAUGAAGUAACAGUUUGGAAAAGAAAGUGCUACCAUGAAGCUGUAAUGGCAUUUUCACAACAGACUGAUGUGUGUGCAGUCAAGACUACUAGAAAGAAAUCUUUUGCAACCAUAUGACUCUAAAGACUUCAUGAAAGAAUGACUUUUUUGUCAUAAAAGGAAAGGGUUUUGGAUACCUAGUUAAAAAAAAUCAUUUAUAUGAACGAGGAAUUUUUUCCCUUGAAGAAAAGUUCGCUGCAUAGUCACUAUUUGAAAGCAGUUGCCUUUGCAGAGAAUACGUAUGCAAAAAUAGCAGUAUGUAUAUCAGUUAUUCUGUUGGUAAUGAACUACAGUACUGUAUACUUUUUUAUGACCAAAAAUAAGAAGUAAGUAAUAAUCUCUUGGCCAUUGCCUGUGCAGCCUCUGUAAGAUUAAUAUUGUCUUAUAUUUUCUUUACAUCCCUUUGAUAUCUCUGUCGCCUAUUCGAGAAUCUGAAUACAGUGCAGCUGUCUGUGAGUAUUUUGUUUUUUCCUCAAAUAAAAUCUGGUAUGCAACAUAAAGGAAGCUGCAUGGUAAUGUCAGCCGUUUCUCAAUCCAAAUGUCUCUUCAGGAAAUGAGUUAAUCAAAUACGGAGUAAAUCGAUGUUGUGAUAUUAUUCACUUUUGAUUUACAGCAACUUAGGAUAGCCAUAGAAACUCUUUUUCUACAUAGAGGUUUUAAUGAAGCUGCGAAUUUAUCAAGAAAAAGUUUUUUGUCAUAAGGAUUGAUGAUGAUGGAGAAAAGCAACAAAUCCAAAGUUCUUGUGAUCGUAUUAGGUUGUGUUUUAGUUUUAAUGUCAAGGGGCUGAUUCUCUCCUUGAGCUGCCAACAACAAUACCAAAGAUUUUUUUUUUAAAUGUGUGAUAUUGUCAGCUGUGUUAGAGUCAUGCAUAACUGGAAAAACUAAUUUGUAAUAGUGUUUGAAGAGAAAGAAGUGCAAACACUGGAAAGUGCCAUGACCACUUCUUACAGAUGCCAACAAUUACUACCAUUGGUUCGAGUGUUUCGGUAUAUGGUUAUAACCCUAGCAUAAUUAAUAUGGAUGAGCCAUGUCAUGAACUCACUUCUAUUUCUACAAUAGACUACUGGGAAAUACGCCAUUCACUGUAUACCGGAAUUCUUGCUUGGAAAAAAAAAAAAGUGUGUAGUGAGUAUCCAAUGACAAGUAGUAUACCCUCAGUCGCAGACCUUCUGUCCUUCGGAGUGAAUUUGGAAGCUGUUGGCGAUCUGAACUUCCUGUAUCGAAUCGGAAUGCCAUCAAUGGCAUGUUGUAGAGAAAUUGAUGGCCUCUGAUUGAUUACCGGGUCGUUCAUAUGAUAAUCAGCGGUCUACCAAUUAUCAGCUCUUUUCUCUCUCUUCCUCUUCUCUGUCGCGCAUCCAGUUGUGCUGAGCUGAGCUUGGGAUGAGGCUGCCACACCUGCCACUAGAGCCGUUCAAUCGAGUUGCAAACACCACUUGCUGGUUUCAGCAGGCCUACAGGAUUUGUGGAGAAGAGUUAUUUGCAGUGAAGUCGAAGAGAAACGGUUGGGAAACCCUCUUCGAGUCAAUUGUCAGAGACGAAAGAGAGGAAAAGGGAGUGAAAGACAGUCUUCAAUAUAACUUUCACAUUGGCUUUUCUAUGGCUCCUUUUAAUAUCUCGUGGGAAGGUAAACAAGCCGCCGACGGCUUGAGGACCAGCCUUCCUGACAGCUAACGUCGAUGUCACAGGUCAUGUCUACAUCGUCAUAUUUCAGUCAACUCUAUAAUCAGCAGACUGUUGCUGGUACCUCAUCCGGUGACAAAUAGAUAUCGAUACUAUCUAGCGUCAAUUGAUCCUGUCUAACAACUGCAUGUGGAGAACUGCUUUGCUACUGAUUCAUGCUUAGGUGGAAAAGAGUGACCAUGGUCCUAUGAGCUUAGCACAUCUAUUGUCUUAUCUAUUUGCAGCAGUACAGCUGCUGUCCUGCUGUUAUUUAAGGGCCAGCCAAAUUCAGAGAACAUAUUCAACGUAUAAGCCGUGCAGUUACAGAGUCAAAGGUUUUGUCAACUAUUAUCAUAUUGAUAACUCGAAGUUGGAAUUACAGAAUCGUGUUGGCUUAUAAUGCACCUCUUGUUAUGUCUUCAGUGGCAUGGAUUGGUUAUCUUCUCUAAACUAGGUUGCAGAGAGUAGCAACAAAACAUGACUCUAUUUUGAUACUUGACCACCGACUAUCACAGUCCUUUCUUGUGUAGUUUUGAGCCUUAUUGACCACGGCUCGAAGGCUGAUAAUCAGUGGCCACGGAACUGUACAUUUAUCGACCCUAGCAACUGACUACUUUCGCAUGAUUUUUUUCUAUUUUAUAUAAGUCUCGAUUUCUGCUGUCGACUUACAUUCUGAAGUGCUUUUUUACGUUAAAAAAAACGGGUGAGUUGGCUGAAGACCCCAAGGGAAUCGGCUUGUCAUUUGUAGCAAAGGCUGUACAUGAAUCAAUGACACAUACAAGACUUGCUGGAACUUGAGCUGACAAUAACAAAAUGAUCAAUGACCUCCUGGUAUUCUGCUUGCUUUACUGAUAGAAGAGAAUCUGGGAAGUUGACCUAGGUCAACCUUGGCUCAAUUUGUAAGGAACCGCCUUUCAGUAUAUGAACCAACAUUCGGGAGAGUUCCAUUUCCAAGCUAAGUUACCGCAUCCGAUUUUCUUAACCGUGUUGAGUGAACCCACCCCACAAGCAACCUGCCAAGUAAAGUAACCCCCCUUCAAGGUGAUGGAAGGGUUACCUAAGUGAAAGAAAAGGAAAUCAUUGUAUUUUAUCGAAUGUCAUACCAAUGUCAGUUUUCCUUACUAGGAAUGGUACAUAUAACUUAUGAUAAUGAUAAAUCCUGCCUUUCUGGUAGGAAACAAGCCAUUAAUUUAAAAAGUUGCCAAUGAAAUUAACGGACCGAUUGAUCGGACUACUUGCUGUCUCGUUAAUGUCAAUGUCAGCAGCGACGAAAUGUUGAUUGUGAACGGUUCUUAUUCUGAUUGGUGAGAGAAGAAAAACGUCAAUUUUAUAUUCGUAGCCGAUCAUUCUAGCGACAACAGUCUACAUCUCCAAAAAGUAAAACCAUUUCGCGACUUUUCCUCUCCCUCCGAUACGUUCUGUGGACUCUCGGACGAAGGCACUCAAGAGCGAAUCUCCUCCUCCAGAAGGAUGAGCAGCAAUACCAAGGCAUCCUGGAGAGAGACAAGUGGCUGGCUGCCUUGGUUCGGAGACUCGGCACAGGAACUCCUCCUAGACAGACAGACAGAGACAGUCAAAACCUGCCGGAACCCAGAAUCUCCUGUCAUUCUCAUUUACCCUUGUACUCCCUCAUACUCACCACCUCAUUCUACCGGGGUUUCACGUCAGAGAGAAAACAAAACGGAAGGAAGCUCAUGGUGGCGAUAGGACUAUUACCUACUGCUUAUCUCUCCUUCGUACUCAUGCCCUCUUGCCAAAUUAGCAAAGCAUGUAUUUUGAUGAAUCCGAAGUCAAUGACCUCAGUGACAGACGUGAAUCCAAUUCGAGGCAGAAAGGGGUGACUUAGAAAAAAAAAAAAAAGCUAGUGAAAGUGAGACUGAGAAGGCAUUUUGCCUUUCACUCUUUCUUUUUAUCUUUGGUUACCUUUUUUUACUGUAGAUUUUGAGGAAAAAAGGGAACAGAGAACCAACAAAUUAUUUAUUCUUGCAGGAUUGAUGAUUGUUUCUAUUUCUUACUUUCUACUAAUACUAUUGUGAAACCUCUUUCUUCGGCGUUUGUGCUCUCCGGAAAGAUAUUCAUAUCUCUAUUAAAAACCAAUGAAUUUUAAGUAAUAUUUCUUUCUAAAAUUAUGGUGGAAUUCUCAGGUAAUCAAUUAUGCACAAACAUGUGUUUUGAUUAAUAAUUGACUUAUUUCUUUAUGAUAUGAAUAUACUAAUAAAAAUUGGAUAUAUUCGCAAAAAAUUAUGAAGACAUUCCUUAUAUUUCUCGUUUCAUAGCUUCGAAAUAAUGUAAUCGGAUUGGAAUCAAAAGCUGAAUUUACAUUAAUCACUGUGUUCUUACUCUUCAAAAAUUCAAACUGCCAUUUGGGUAUCUUUUUUUUUUAUUUCAGUCCAAAUUUCAAGUUUUCUCGUGUCUUUCCGUGCUUUACAAACUAUUCGGUUUACAGUUAAACCAUUCGGUUUACAGUUAAACCAUUCGGUUUACAGUUAAACCAUUCGGUUUACAGUUAAACCAUUCGGUUUACAGUUGAAAGGGGCGCCUGAAAACAGCUAUCAUUGCAACGUAUGACUUACGUUUGGCCUGGAAGGUUCAUUUUCUUCCCUUCUAAAAUUCGACGGAUAUAAGUCAGGGGAAUAAUCAACAUGCUGCUUGUGUUUCUAACAUGUGACAGACUCAAGCUUCAUUGUCCAAAUUUCGGAUUUCUCCACCGAACGCUCCUAGGAAUUUCCAGUGAUGGAAAAAGUGCUGUUGGAAUGAGCUUCUUCAGAGCGUCUCGCCCUUGAGAGAAGGCAGCCUGAUUUUCCCGAUUACAAAAAUAAAAACAAGUACAUGAAUGUUGUGAAAUAAAGCGGGUUUGGUGUACUUCAGUGAACACUUUCUGAAAUAAAGCAAAAACAGUUAUGUGAGAAAGGUUCUUCAUUGACGUACAUUAAAUGUACAAGGUUCUCACUUCCUUGGUUGUUAUGACUGCUAUUAUCGUUUUGUAAAAUAAUAUAUAGCGAAUGCCGUGGGCGCUGGGUCGCACCUACCUAUCCAGUUUCAGCUCUGAAUCAAACUGCCCUGAUAUCAUGUAACCGGACCUUUCACAGUCUCUCGUCUUACUCGAGCUUCAAAUGGGACAACAAUAUACAUAUAAUUUACCGUUGAGUGACGAAAUAUAUAUAAUUUACCGUUGAGUGACGAAAACUUGGACGAAGCUGGACGAGUGGUUGCGAGGCAGCGCUCGCCGGCGAAUGAAUCGGUCCUUUGCCACAAAAUAAUGAAUAUCUUAUUUAGGGAGAUUUUAUUUUAAUAAUGAAAGAGUAAUAGGCUGCAAAUAUUGUUGAUUUUUCAUUCUACCUAACCGAAUACUCUGCGAAGUUGUUUAUUGUUUGGAUUUAGACGAUUAUUUGACAUGCCACAAUCUUGGAUAGUUUGACCUGUGUUUGUGUUACUGCGACAUGUCUCUGUACAUUAUGUUUAUACUAUUUAUAGAUUAUAUUAUUUAUCGUUUACUUGUUGACAACACCUGAAAGAAAGAUGUGCUUUCAAAUGCUUCAAAACUCCAAGUCUUUUUGUUUAUUUACUUCUGGAGAAUGCUUUCAGAGAAGUCAAACGCUCGUGCUCAGGAAGUCAGCGAAUUUGUUGAAGAGCUUAUGUAUGUCGACGGAUUGGUAGCUUGAGAAUUUGCAUAUUCAUCCAUUAAUCACCUCUCAAGUAUACAUGCUGAUUGGUCUUAGCAGACCGCCUUGGUAGCCGUUGAACAAUCGAGAUUCUAAGGACCCACCUUCCUGGGUGCGAGCGAACAGCUUCUCUCAAAGCGUCUCGAGUCACAUUCAUCAUAUUCUAUCGAGAUUAAACAGAAAAUGUCCUGCCCCUGUAUCCACCAGCCAUCUUCUGCAAUGCAUUGAGAUGAUAAGUUAAGAUUAAAAUCUUAAAAAAAAAAAGAUGAAUAAAAAAAUCAUUACGAGAAUGGAAAAGUUGAAAUUUGUAAAAGACCCUUUUGCUCAGUCUCCGAAAGCCAGCGUUCUUUCAGACGAAAAAAAAAAAUGGCUUUUUAGCAAGAGACUAGAUUACCUGCUACAAUUAUGUACAUUUGGUGUAAAGACUCUUAUAUAAUUAAACUGAUAUAUAUCUCUA